AUGACGACACCUCAGCCGACAGGCCAAGCACCGGGUUCUUACAACGAUGCAUUCCGAAGUCGAUCAGCCGAGUCUGAAUUCGCUGAUCCGUGUGAGAUUGCGAGGCAGGUACGUUCAGCUACUGAGCAGGCCUAGGAUGUAGGGCUACGGACUGCGAGGAUCAUUGACCGUUGGAUUGUGACGAAUUAACUUCUCAGCAAUCAAUGAAAUGCCUCGACCGGAAUAAUUACAACAAGGCUAAAUGCACCGACGUGAGUCCCCACGAAACUCGUUACUUUCGACGACUCGAAAACAGCCGAGAAGUGUCUCGGCCGCUGACGUGUAGCUGUAUCUUGACAUGUUCUCACAGUUCUUUCAAGCAGUCAGUCAUUAUCGAGAUUGAAGCUUGGAAUGCAACCUCAUUUGCUGAUCCGUUCUUGGGCGAUCGCUGCGCCCUCUCUCCCAACACAGUAUCGGGACUGCAAGCAGACAUGGGUCCGUGCGAGAUUUGGCCUUGGGCUCUACUUUUUCGUUGGCGGGACCAGUGGGCUGACUUGUCAUUUUGCCUCAUCACAGCUCACUCAACGAAGAGAAGACAGGAGAGCGGGCAAGGACGUCGCUUGA